AUGAUUUUUAAGUAUAAAGAUGAUUAAUUAAUUAUUAUUAUUCUUUUAAUUUCUUAAGCUAAAAAUGGAAUUCUUUAGUGUAAAUACUUAAAUCAUGAAAAUGAAGAAAUAAUAGGAUUUUGUUUGAAUCAGAAUUGUUAAAAUGCAACAUAGUAUUGUUAUGAAUGUUUAACUACGACUCAUUCAGAACAUUUGAAUGAUUGUAUUAGAUUCUCUAAAAUGAACUAAUAUCUUAAUGAAUUAAUACAAGUUUAAAAUCAAUAAACUAAAUAAUACAAAGAAAUAUCGAAAUAUCUUUAGUAUUAUUUAGAAUAGAUUAUUAAAAUAAUGGAACAAGAUAGUACAAUAUUAGAUAAGAUGAAACAACAACUUUAAAACAAAGAGUAUUUGACUUUUAUGUCUUAAAUCAACAUAAUCAAAAGGAUUUAAUCAAAGGAAAAACAAAAGUAAAUAUGUAUACUAUGAGUAAUUAUAAUAGAAAAACAAAUAAUAUAAUUAAAUAAUAUUCUUGAUACAAUUUAAAAUAUGGUAAUAGAGUUAAGAAAAAAUAGUGAUUAUAAUAUUUCUGCUGAUUAAAAUCAAAUCAAAAUUGAAGAAAUUAUUUAAGAGAGUGAAGAUAAAAAAUAAUAGAAUAUCAAAUAGUCUGAAAGAUUAUUAAAUGAAGGUAUGCCCAAUUGAAUUACUUUUUAGGAUGGGCAUUAAAUAAUUUGAAUAAAUAUUAAGAAGCCAUUGAAUGUUAUGACAAAGCAAUUUCCAUUAAUCCUAAAAAUGAUCUUGCUUGGAGUAAUAAGGGUAAUUAAUUGUUAAA